AUGACUAAACAAAGUGCAUAUCAAACUCUUUUAACUAACGAUCCUAUUGAUAACUAUGAAGAUCCUGAAAGAUACCAAAAGGAAUGGCUCCCAAAAGUAGAAGCAUACAGAAAAGCAAGAGAAGCCUCUAUUCCAAAAGAUUUGAAAGUCGAACUUCCAAAGGAUCGUUCUGAAUUAAUUCAAGAACAAUUCAACCCACUCGCUUACUUAUACGAUGCUAAGUUAUUAACUCCAGAAGAAUUUGCCAUCACCGACUCGUCAGGUGUCGAAUUAGUCAACAAGAUGUCUAAAGGUGAACUCACUGCUGUACAAGUAUUCAACGCUUUUGCUAAACGUGCAGUCAUCUGUAAUCAAUUUACCAACUGUGCUAUGGAAUUUUUCUUAGAGGAAGGUUUGAAACAAGCUGAAGCCAGAGAUCAAUAUUUCAAAGAAAAUGGUAAGAUCGUUGGUCCAUUACACGGUUUACCAAUUUCUCUUAAGGAACAUAUUGCUUACAAGGGAAGAAUCACCAAUGCGGGAUAUGUUUCUCUCUUGGAUAAUGUUUCUGAAGAACACGCUGUCACUCCCAAGAUUUUAGAAAAACUCGGUGCUGUAUUCUACGUUAGAACUAAUCAACCACAAACCCUUAUGCAUUUAGAUGGGAACAAUAACCUUAUCGGAAACACCCAAAACCCACACAACUUAUUAUUAUCCAGUGGUGGGUCCUCAAGUGGUGAAGGUGCAAUCACUGGAUUUGGUGGUAGUGUAAUUGGUGUUGGUUCAGAUAUUGGUGGAUCAAUUAGAGCACCAGCCGCAUAUUCCGGUUCUAUCGGAUUAAGACCAACCACUAGAAGAAUUUCUGGAUUUGGAUCUAUCUCAAGUCAAAAAGGUCAAGAAUCCGUUCCUGGUGUGGCUGGUCCAUUGGCUCGUACUGUUGAAGAUAUUGAAUUAUGGAUGAAAUCAUACAUUAACGAAGGUAAGCCAUGGAACUACGAUCAUUGGUCAUUACCUUUACAAUGGAGAGAUGUUACUCAACCAAAGCCAACCGAAAUUACAAUUGCUGUUAUUAGAGAUGAUGGCUUAGUUAGAGUAACCCCUCCAAUUAGACGAGGUCUUGAAGAAACCGUUAAUAAAUUAAAAGCUGCUGGGGUCAAGAUUAUUGAAUGGACUCCACCAAGAACUCAAUUGGCCUACGAAACAGUUCAUAAGAUGUAUUCAGCUGAUGGUAAUGCCGCCCAACGUAAAUUAUUAGCCGCUUCAGGUGAACCAAUAACUAAAUUAACUAGAUGGUCUUUGAAUUAUGGUCAAGGAGCUAGAGAUAUCCCAGCUUCUGAGAAUAGAAAUUUGAAUGUCAUUAGAGAUGAUUUGAGACAUGAAUAUUCACAAUUCUUGACUGAGAACAAUGUCGAUGCUAUUUUAUCCCCAGUUUAUUCUAAUGUCGCACCUCAUUCUGAAGAAGUUUAUGGUUGGUCAUACACUUCCUUAUUCAAUCUUUUAGAUUUCCCAACUUUAGCUUUCCAAACUGGUCUUUAUCAAGAUCCAAAAGUUGAUAAAUGGACUGAAGAAGAUUUGAAAUAUAAAUAUAGAAAUGAUAUUGAAAAAUUAGAAAACGAGAAUUAUCACCCUGAUGAAUUCGUAGGUGCUCCUAUUGGAUUACAAUUGAGUGGUAGAAGAUAUUUUGAUGAAGAAGUUUGUGCUAUUGGUAAGACCAUAAUUCAAACCUUAGGUGUUGAUUUGUUGAAGCAAAGCAAAUAG